UACUGGUUCAUAAUGAGGAAGAUAAAGGAGAAAAGACAAAACAAGUAUACUUUUAGCAUUACUUCCGUUGGAGCAAGCAUUGAAGAAUCUUCAACUAGAAGGGAGCUCGAUGGAAGUACGAGAAAUUCAGAUUUACAAUUCUUUGAACUAAGUAAGAUAGUUGCAGCCACGGAUAAUUUCUCUGUUUCUAACAAGCUAGGAGAAGGUGGUUUUGGAUCAGUGUAUAAAGGUUGCUUAUACAAUGGAAAGGAAAUAGCAGUGAAAAGACUAUCAAAGCACUCAGGACAAGGCAUAGAAGAGUUCAAGAAUGAAGUUGCAAUCAUUGCUAAACUUCAACACAGGAACCUUGUGAGGAUUCUUGGUUAUUGCGUUCAGGGAGAAGAAAAGAUGUUAAUCUAUGAGUACUUGCCAAAUAGAAGCUUGGACACUUUCAUUUUUGAUGAAACAAAAAGGUCAUUAUUAGAUUGGGGCAAAUGCUUCGAUAUUAUUUGUGGGAUUGCUCGAGGGAUCAUAUAUCUUCAUCAAGACUCAAGAUUAAGGAUUAUCCACAGAGAUCUAAAGGCCAGCAAUGUUCUACUUGACAAUGCGAUGCAUCCAAAAAUUGCCGAUUUUGGUAUGGCUAGAAUUGUUGGAGGGGAGUCGGGAGACCAAAUUGAAGCAAAUACAAAUCGUGUAGUUGGAACAUAUGGUUAUAUGUCUCCGGAGUAUGCGAUGCGUGGACUAUUUUCAGUGAAGUCAGAUGUAUACAGCUUUGGGGUUUUGCUACUGGCGAUUAUUUAUGGCAAAAGGAACACUACUUAUUUUCACGAUGAUCCCUCCUCAAACUUGAUUGGGCAUGUUUGGGAGUUAUGGAAAGAAGGCAAAGCCAUGGAAAUAGUUGAUUCAUCAUUGGUUGACAAAACCCCUGAUAAUGAAGUUGCAAGAUGCAUUCAAAUUGGGCUUUUGUGCGUGCAAGAAUAUGCAACAGAUCGGCCGAACAUGUCAGCAGUCUUUGCAAUGUUGGGUAAUGACAGACCUCUUCCUUCUCCACAACAACCUGCAUUUGUUUUGAAGGGUAGUAACCGUCAGAAAGACACAUCAACUAGCGAAGGAGCCAUUUCUGUCAAUGAAGUAACAGUUUCUUUGAUUCACGGACGUUAAUGUCGAAUUCUGUUUGGUGCAAUGUAUUGAUAUGAAGUUAGUGUUAGUAGGGUCUUUUUUUUCUCAAAAUAGAAAAUGUAAGCCCUAAA